AUGGAAAGACUAAACCAGUACAACAAUUUUGUCUUACCUUUCUCUCUUAUAAUCUUCCUUGGCCUUGUCUCCUUUUCUUCAUGCCUUGCUGCUGAAUUCAACAAAUCAAAGAAAAAGGAUCUGAGGUUUGAUGACAAGCUUUGCUAUUUGCCCGGAAGCCCGGCUUUCGGAUUCGGAAUAGCCGCUUUAAUGUGCCUUUUCACCGGUCAGAUCAUCGGAAACUUGUUCGUCUGUUCAAAGUUAAGUGCGAGAGAUCAUAGGAGUGGUUGUGAUGAUAAAUUAAAAAGGCCUGCAAUUGCUACCAUUUUCUUGGUUUUUUCAUGGAUCAGCUUUGGAGUUUGUGCUAUUCUACUAAGUGCAGCCACCAGCAUGAGCCGAAGUCAGUCCUUUGGGGAAGGAUGGUUAGAUGGCGAGUGCUACAUAGUCAAAUCUGGAGUCUAUAUUGGCUCGGGUAUACUGGCUGUGCUCACUCUUGGUUUAACCCUAGGUUCGGACAUUGCAACGAUAAGGCAAAAGCGAGUAGAAGAAGACAUGAAAGUGCACGCACAAAUCAAAUGA